GUCAUUGUUAUUUAAUGAUGGAUGACCUUCAGAAAGCAUACAGUGCUUAUCAACAAGCUUUAUUUCAUUUACCCAAUCCAAAGGAACCUAAGCUUUGGUACGGAAUCGGUAUAUUAUACGAUCGUUAUGGUUCAUUAGACCAUGAUGAAGAAGCUUUCUCUCAG